UGCCUCCUCUUCCUACUAUUAAUCCCAUCUUUCCUCCAAUUAGGGAACACAUUGGGCAGGAAGGUGAUCCUAGUUCUAGCAGCAAGGGUAAAGAUAAGGAAGAGGUUGGCAGUGUCCCUUGGAAGGAUUUGAAGGUUGCCAUGCGGCCAAAGGACUUUGGGUAUAUCAACAAUUGCUUGGCAGGGCGUCGAUUCACAUUCGAUGAGCUCGGAGAGCCUUUAGCUAAAGAUGAAUCAGAUUGUGACCGGAUGUUGAAGCUAUCUUCAUAUGUCAUGACUGAGUAUCACGACAGACUGCGAGAGGCUGAGCGGUGCAAGGUGAAACUGAAAGAGAACAAGCAGCUUGUGAAUGAUGCCAGGAAGACGAGCAAAGCUUUGGCUGAUGCCAUUGAAGUCAGGGAUCAACAUUUUGAGAGUUUGAAGAGGCGGAAUGGUGAGAACUUGAGACUCAAAGUACAGUUGGAGGCAACUAUGCUCGAGGUUUCCAAGGCUAAAGGGGAGUUGGAUAGUGCCUUGGUUGAGGUUUCUGAGCUGAAGAGUAGUAUCCCGACUGAGAAGGAAGCUGCUGUGAAGGAGUUCUUGGGUUCCCCGGCCUUUCUCCAUGUCCUUAGACCUCGCUGUACCCGGGAAGUUCAUUUUGAAAAAAGGAAAUGGAUGGCUGUCCUUGAUCGUUAUGAUGAUGGAAGCGUUCUUCGAAAAUACCGUGAAGAAAUAGAUGACCAUCAUCGAAAAGGUGAAACCUUCGACCUUGCAGUUUAUUCGAGUAGUGCAGAUGAGUCGGGCGAUGAUGCUAGUGCUGAUGAGCAGAGUCAUCAGGGUGAUGAUGAGGUUGGAGAUGCAGAAAAUGACGGUAGGUCUCAGAGUGAUAUGAUCAGGGGUUCAACUUCAGAGGAGGAGGACUAG